AAAUGGAGACUCAAGAGCUUUCAAGCGUUGACUAUGGCAGUUCACUCCCAAUUGAAAGUGUUCAAGAACUAGCUUCAAAAAACCAGAAAGAAAUCCCGUCUCGCUAUCUCCGGCCUGAAGCUGAGCUCGAUCCAGUUUCUGUCCAAGAAUCACGCGAGCUUCCAGUAAUUGAUAUGACCAAACUGAUUGACGAUCAACAUCCAUGGCACCAUGAUGAAGUGGCAAAACUUCAUUUAGCUUGUAAAGACUGGGGAUUCUUUCAGUUAACCAAUCAUAAGGUUCCAGAGGAAGUCAUUGAAAAAAUGAAGAUUGACAUAGAAGAAUUCUUCAAACUGCCAUUAGUGAAGAAAAAAGCUUAUGCACAGCAGCCAAAUAGUAUUGAAGGCUAUGGCCAAGCCUAUAAUCAGUCUGAAGAGCAAGAGCUUGACUGGGGAGACGCAUUCAUCCUUCGAACUCUUCCUGUCUCCUUGAGAAAUAUGAGAUACUGGCCUACUCAGCCUAUUUCUUUUAGAGAAAAUCUGGACAGAUACUCACGGGAACUGAAGAAAGUUGCACUAUGUGUUUUUAAAUUCAUGUCUAGAAACCUGGGGCUAGAUUCACAGACACUUGCUAGUAAGUUCGAGAAUGGAAGACAAUCCAUUAGGAUAAAUUUCUUCCCACCUUGUAUGCAAGCUAACAAAGUUAUGGGCCUCACUCCACAUUCUGAUGUUACUGGAUUAACUAUACUACACCAAGUAAAUGAUGUACAAGGUUUGCAGAUCAAGAAAAAUGGCAAAUGGGUGCUGGUGAAACCUGUCUCAGGUGCGUUCAUCGUCAACAUCGGUGACAUCAUUGAGAUAAUGAGCAAUGGGGAGUACAAGAGCAUAGAGCACAGAGUUGUUGUGAACCCAGAGAAGCAACGUCUUUCUAUUGCUGCAUUUCAUGGUCCACAUGCCAAAGACGUUAUUGGCCCUUUACCAGAUCUAGUAAAAAAUAGUAAGGCUAACUAUAAAACUAUUAUCACAGAGGAUUAUCUCAAACUUGUGUUCAGUAAAAGGCUUGAUGGUAAAAGCCAAGUAGAUUGUCUAAAGGUAGAGUAGUGGCUCAAACGAAUGCAGGCUGUUACAUAUAUUGUACUAUAAUCACGACAAGAUCGUCGCAUUUUCUCAACAAGUUUGUACCACGAUUUUAAAUUGCAGUUAAAUAAAGUUU